UUAUCUAACAGGUGAACCAGGAAGACUUACAUACAAAAAUGUAGCUCAAAUAACAUAACAUCUCACCAGUCAUAACUAAGUUUUCUGAUAUAGGUGAGGUAGGUUGGCAAAAAUUGUUUUUAGAAAAAAUACCAGACAUUUAAGACUUUGGACAUGGAUACACAACUUUUAACUUCAGAUUACUGGUACAAUGAUGAAGCAGCAAAAGGUCAUCUAGGUCAAUGUUUCACUGCUGUCUCACAUGAAAAAGGUGGACCUACUUACUGGAAAAACCGUGUUAUGAACCAGGUAGUACAGCCGUAUAGUAACACCUUCAUACCAGACAUUCACUAUUACAGGAUGGCUUGCUCUAAACACCCAGGAAAACCAAUUGAAAUGGUGUGUUCUUCUUGCCACAAUAAACUUGUUUGUCAUGAAUGUAUAGAAAAAAGUCACAUUGGACACAAGUUUGUAGAACUCAAAACAGCAGCAGAAAGGAUCGUAGCUGGACUACAGCAGCAGAAAAGGGGAAACUCUUAUUUUAGUGAAAUCCAACGGGACUUGAAAGACUGUCAAACUGUAACUAACAGGGAACGUGAAUUAGAAAAGCAAUCAAGAGAUGAAACCGUACGAAGACGUGACCUCCUGGAAAGGAUUGUUAAAGAGAUGGCAGAAAAACUCUUACAGGACCAAGAGAAAUAUUUCAAGAAAAUAUUUUCUACAUUAGAAGAACAUAAAAAAGAUAAUGAAGAAAAGGUACAGCAAGUACUCAAGUUUCAGUGUAAACUGGCAGAGCUGGAGAAGUCGACUGAUUACAUCAACGUGAUCCAGACUGGAAAGUCAAUCGUGUUACCGAGAUACACAAAACACCAGAUUCCCUCUCUGAAGAGAAUGACCAUGAAACCAGGGUGUGCCAUUGAUCGGGACCAGGUUCAGAAAGCCUUCGGACCAAUAGACAUUGAUGAUAUGAUUAACUCUUACAUUGUCCUCCCAGUACAAGUUCCGUCGGUAUACUCUGUCGCUGACAGUUUAGAUUCAAAUGACCUUUUUGGGGAUGGAAAUAUGACGAGCCUCACUAGAGAGCAAAGCCUGGAUUUAACAGCACUUGAUAAUGAUGUAGACAGAAGGAGGCAGGUGUCUCCAGAUUUACUGAGCAAUCAACUACGGACUGUUUGUAACGUCAGGGAUACGACUGUCCAACAACCCUCCAGUGCAGCCAUCUUAGACUCUCCGCAGUACAACCAGGAGACAACUUAUGUGUGAACUUCACAGACAUCUCUGAACUAACUAGUGGUACUGCGAUUCUGGUUACACUUCAAGGAGCUAUACACAGUACUUGAUAACUAGUGGUACUGCGAUUCUGGUUACACUUCAAGGAGCUAUACACAGUACUUGAUAACUUGUGGUACUGCGAUUCUCGUUACACUUCAAGGAGCUUUACACAGUACUUGAAAACGAGUGGUACUGCGAUUCUGGUAACACUUCAAGGAGCUAUACACAGUACUUGAUAACUAGUGGUACUGCGAUUCUGGUUACACUUCAAAGAGCUAUACACAGUACUUGAUAUAUAGUGGUACUGCGAUUCUGGUUACGCUUCAAGGAGCUAUACACAGUACUUGAUAUCUAGUGGUACUGCGAUUCUGGUUACACUUCAAGGAGCUAUACACAGUACUUGAUAACUUGUGGUACUGCGAUUCUGGUUACACUUCAAGGAGCUAUACACAGUACUUGAUAACU